AUUUUACUGCCAAAUUCGACGUUGGAUUAUCUCAUUCGCUAUAACGUGCCAUAUCCUAUGCUAUUCAAGAUGAUGAAACAACUUCGGAUUGACGAAGGUGCCGAAGUUCGUGUUGAUUCUGUGACUUUGCCUUCAGCUACUUACGCGAAACUGAAGCCGCAGUCGUUAGAAUUUCUGAACAUCAGUAAUCCAAGGGCUGUCUUAGAAGUUGAAUUGCGGAAGUUUGCUUGUUUAACGAAAAAUGACGUCAUUGCAGUUAUGUGUGUAUCAUUGAAUGUGAUCUUAACCUGGAUUUUGAUGCUCCAGAGGGUUACGUGGAGAAGCCCAAUCCUUUGCGGCAGCCGUCAACCUUUAAAGUUUGUUCAUUGUCGCUAUUUUUUUACUUCAAGUAUUCUCAUUAGAUUUUUGAACACUCCAAAAAACCCUCCUGCUCCUGCUAUGAAAUCUUUGCCCGUCGCCAAUGGUGCACAUUUCUCAGCAUUCUCUGGAACUGGGCAGCGCCUUGAUGGAAGGAAAAAACCUUCUUCGAACAGUUUGUGCAGUGAUCAGGGUGAAGAACUGCUCAACACUCUGACUUCUCUGCCUCCAGUUGUAUGCAUCGAAGACUACAAACCAGGUCAAAAUAUAUGUCUUGCUCAAUAUUUUCACACUUCUAUACGGAAGUUGUCCUUUAUUCGCUAUGAUUACAAAUCACGAUUUGAGACGGAGCGUGAAAUGCAGGAAUCGAAGCAGUCUGCAGGGAAAAAGGCAGUGCCUUUUGAAGGUUCGAGUGCCACUAUAAGAAGGAGAUACUGA